AAAUUCAAAAUUUAGUAAACCAACAGCAUUCAAAGCGUGAACACACAAGAGAAGAAGAAACAAGCAAAAGCCGUUGUCUACAAAGAUUUGUUAUUAAGACUUCACCAAAAUGAGCACAAUUAUCGCUUUGUUGGCGAUCGUGAUCACGCUGAUCAUUUACUUGUUGCGCUAUCAGCAAUCGUAUUGGCAAAGGCGUGGCGUGCCGCAUGAUCCGCCCAGCUUUCCUUUGGGCGCACUCAAGGAGUGGCGUCGUACGAAGUCGUUUUCAGAAAUAAUGGCGCCCAUCUAUACAAAAUUUAAGGGCACGGGACCGUUUUGUGGCAUCUACUUUCUCUUAGAACCGGCUGUUUUCGUGCUGGAUCUGGAGUUGGUGAAGAAGGUACUAAUUAAGGAUUUUCAGAAUUUUCAAGAUCGCGGCGUUUUUCACAAUGAAAUCGAGGAUCCACUCACGGGUAAUCUCUUCCAAUUGGAUGGUCCCAAGUGGAAUGUGUUGCGUAAAAAACUCUCGCCCACAUUCACCUCUGGCAAAAUGAAGCUCAUGUUUCCCGCAGUCGUCAAAGUGGCGCAGGAGCUAAUACAAGUUAUGGGUGAGAAGUCUAAAAAUGCGGCUAAUCAUAUACUGGAGAUCACCGAACUGCAAGCGCGCUACACAGCCGAUGUUAUCGGCUCGUGCGCUUUUGGUCUGGAAUGCAACAGUUUGCGCAAUCCCGAUGCUGAGUUCGUGCGUAUGGGUCGCAAGGCGCUAAUUGAGCGCAGACAUAGCAUUCUAGUCGACACAUUCAUGGAGAGUUAUCCGCGUUUGGCGCGUAAACUGAAUCUGGUCUCCCUAACCAAAGAAGUGCAGGACUUUUAUACGGGCAUAGUGCGGAAAACAGUCGAAUAUAGAGAACAGAAUCAGGUGAAACGCAAUGAUUUCAUGAAUAUUCUGUUGGAAAUGAAAAACAAAGAGGGCGAAAAGGAUGGCUUGUCGGUGGAGGAGAUUGCAGCGCAAGCUUAUAUAUUCUUCCUAGCGGGCUUCGAGACCUCAUCAACCACUAUGGGCUUCGCGCUCUAUGAAUUGGCCAGAAAUCAGGAUGUACAGAAUAGAUUGCGGCAGGAGAUCAACACGACGUUAGCACAGCACAACAACGAGUGCACUUACGAGGCCAUACAGCAGAUGAAAUAUCUGGAACAAGUUUUAUCGGAAACUCUACGAAAGUACCCCGUUUUACCGUGGGUUGAACGCGUCGCCAAAGCAGACUAUGACACCGGCGAUCCACACUAUCUCAUCGAGAAGAACUCGCGUGUGCUCAUACUCAGCUAUGGCAUACAUCACGACCCCGAAUACUAUCCGGAUCCAGAGAAAUUCGAUCCCGAGCGUUUUACGGAGGAGGAAAUCAAGAAACGACCCGCCUGCACUUGGAUACCAUUCGGCGAUGGACCGCGCAAUUGCAUCGGCUUGCGCUUCGGCAAAAUGCAGGCUUUAAUCGGUCUGGCAUUGCUGAUCAAGCAUUUCAGAUUCUCCUUCGCACCGCAGACACCAGCUGUACUGACUUACAACAAAGAGAAUGUGCUCUUAUCCGCAGAGCAUGGCAUACACUUGAAGGUAGAGCAGAUCGAAGAGUAAUUGGAAGCAAAAGUGCUGAGUCAUUAUACAAAAACUGCUGAGUAAUCGUCGCGCAUCGGCAGAGUUGUCUUUAAUAUAUGUAUAUGUAUAUAUUUUUACAAUAAGAUUUCUUAAUAAAUUCUUAAUUUUUCUGAUAA